AGAUUAAGGGCUGGUGUGGCCCAGCAGCUGUCGGCCGCGGCCGCCGCCGCUCAGGCUCAGUCUGUGUUUGGCCGCUCGCGAGUUCACGCCGCGCUCUCUCCCGCCCUGCGUAUUCAGUGACAGUGUGAUAAAAGUUCGACGGGUGUGCGAAGAAAAAAAAAUGUGUCGGCCGACGGUGGUUGAUGCGGCGCACAACCGCUGAAAAGUCGCGGAUUUCGUGUGAUUUAUUCGCGUCUCUUCUGCACGCACCAUGGCCGAUUACUCGUCCUUCCUUCACCAAGGUUCUCGUCCAGAGUUCGGCGUGCCGGACAUGACGAUGCUCUCGGACAUCGACGAGGAGGGGAUCAACAAAAAUCUGCACGUCCGAUACGACCGAGACCAAAUCUACACUUACACAGGGACGAUCCUGGUCGCCGUCAACCCCUACAAGGAGCUCGACAUUUAUUCAACGGAAUCUGUUUUUCGUUACCAUGGUUCCAAGCUGGGCUCGUUGGAGCCGCACGUGUUCGCGCUGGCCCAGGCGGCCUAUCACUCGCUGCAGGCGGCUGACUUUGAAGAUGAGGACGUCGCCUGCAACCAGAGUUGUGUCAUCUCAGGCGAGAGCGGCGCCGGCAAAACGGAGACCACCAAGUUCAUUCUGCAGUACCUCUGCUCGGUCACCAGCAACGUCAGCACCUGGGUCGAGCAGCAGAUUCUUGAGGCCAACACCAUCCUAGAGGCCUUUGGCAAUGCCAAAACCGUUCGGAACGACAACUCGAGCCGCUUCGGCAAGUUCAUGCAGGUGUGCUUUGACAACAGGUGGAUGAUCAAGGGCUGCAUCAUUCAGGACUACCUUUUGGAACAAAGCAGGAUCACGUUUCAAAGUUCUGAGGAGCGAAACUACCACGUCUUUUACCAACUAGUCGCCGGUGCCAAAACGAGCAAAGAUCUGGCGCAGCAGUUCAAAUUGCGCAACGCCGAGUUUUACAAUUACAUCAAUCAAUCGGGCUGUCCGAAAAUCGAUGGCGUGGACGACGCGCGCCGCUUUGAUGCUCUGCGCUUGGCCUUCAACGUUCUGCAAAUCCAGCCAGAAAUGAGCGACGGAAUCUUCAGCGUCCUUUCCGCCAUCCUCUGGCUGGGCAACAUCCAGUUUCAGGACGUGGAUGGCGAGAAGUGCGCCCUCAUGGAAGGAGACAACGAAAUUCUGCAGACGGUGUCGGAACUCUUGGGGCUCAACUUGGAGGACAUGCAGCACGUGGCCCUCAUGAGGCAGAUCAACGUCCGAGGCAACAUAACUGAAAUUCCGCUCAAACUGCAAGAGGCUCGCGAGAACAGACACGCGAUGGCCAAAGCGUUGUACUCGAGGACGUUCGCCUGGCUGGUGAAUCACAUCAACACAUGCACCAACCCCGGCCAAGAUUCGACGCGCUUCCUCGGCGUCCUCGACAUUUUCGGUUUCGAGAACUUCGUGUGCAACUCGUUCGAACAACUGUGCAUCAACUACACCAACGAGAAGCUGCACAAGUUCUUCAACCACUAUGUUUUCGCGCUGGAGCAGGAAAUCUACCGACAGGAGGAAAUUGAUUUCGCCCACAUUCAGUUCACUGACAACACCAGCUGCCUUGAGCUGAUUGAAAAGCCGCCCCGGUGCAUCCUCAAACUUCUGACAGAACAGUGCCACAUGCCCAAGGGCUCCGACGUCGCGUACCUGACCAACUUGCACGGCGACUUUGAGAGCCACCCGCACUUUGUCAAGGGCGACGACCGCCGCAAGUGGGAGACCGAGUUCGGCAUCCUGCACUACGCAGGGGCAGUGACCUACAGCGUAAAGGGCUUCGUGGACAAGAACAGGGACGUCCAGCAGGACGUGUUCUUCGACUUCAUGAGCCGCUCCAACAACAAGUUCAUCGUUGAACUGACGCAGUUCCAAGACCUGCUGGGCGCCUCCGCCAGCCGCGUCAGCACCUCGGGCCGCUCCAGCAUCGGCUCCGGAGGCACCACCCUGGCUCGCCCUGGCACCAGCAAGGGCAAGCCGACCGUCAGUGAUACCUUCAGGCAACAACUGCAGUCCCUUGUUGACGUUCUCCAAGCCACAAACCCUUGGUAUGUGAGGUGCAUAAAACCUAAUAUGCAAAAGUCUUCCUCGAGUUACGACGACCAGUUAGUGCUAGAUCAGCUGAAAUACCUGGGAAUGCUGGAAAUCAUCAAAAUUAGAAAGGAAGGCUUCCCUGUUCACGUUCCGUUCUACGACUUUGUCCAGCGUUACUCCUGCCUGCUAACCCCCAAAAGAAAUCCAAUGUGGCUGCAGUUGAACACCCAAGAAGCUAUUAAAAUGAUUAUUGGCCCUUUAAAUGUAGCAAACACAGAAUGGCAAAUUGGCAAAACCAAGUUGUUUUUACGUCGGUGCGUCCACGAGCCAUUAGAAGAAAAAAGAAUGCAGAUUGUCCAGCACCAAGCUCUAGUCAUUCAGAGGUCCUGGAAGAGAUACAAAGCUAUGAAGGAGUACUUGAAGAUAAGGGAAGCGGCAAUGACAAUACAACACGGUUACAGGGGAUGGAAACAGCGAAUUUUGUUCCUCAGGCAGAGAAGGGCGGCAAUUGUGAUACAGUCCCAUCUGCGAGGCGUUUUUGCGCGCGAGGUCGCAAGUGCACUGAGGGAAAUGAGGAGAGUGGAGCAGGAAAUGCUGAAGAGGGAAAGAAUGGAAGAGGAGCGAAAAGCCAGAGAAGCCCUGGAGGCUAAGGAAAUGCAACAGAGCUUGGAGGAGUCAGAACGCAAGCGUAGAGAUAAACAGGGACUGGCGCAACAAGAAAUCGCUCAGUUGUCGCAACUCACCGAGCAGCUCAACUGCAAAAUGGCAGAGCAGCCGCCGCUCAACAAGACGGACAGCGUCGACUUGGACAACCUGUUUGCCUUUUUGUCCGACGUCCAAGUCAAGAACUCGGUGAUCGAUGAAAUCGGCAACCAGAUGAACGAUUUGUGCGACGACCUGGACGAAGAGUUGGAAAUCGUCCUGCAGGAGGCGAUGAAGGCCAACAACGCGCCCCCGUUGCCCACCGGAGCCCUUCCGCUGCCACCCUCCAACCCCCCCUCCAGCCUCGAUCUCACCAGCACUCGCCAGUGGGUGCACCAAAGUACGCUUCCGGAGCCCACCGAGCCUCCACCGCCACCGCCUGUGUCCAACAUUUGGACCAACGACCAAACGCCAGACGCGCUUCCACCGCCACCCCCCAUACCAGAAUCUGCUGAUGACGAGCCGAUUUACGAAGCAGUUUUGCCAAGAGAUGGUGAAGUAACUUCUCCCGUUCUGCCGCCUCCAGUUGCUGUCACCGCCAACAACAAAGCUCUCAGACCAAAAAGUCCUGGAGUUGAAAAGCUGCAGCGAGGAACGAGUCCGCAAGGUCAACGAACACCGUCCAGGAGGUCAAUCUCUCCGAAUUGCGCUUCGCCGAGACACAGCCGGCCAAACUCAAGAGCUUCCAGCAGCGGAGGACAGAACUGGCGCUUUGCAAACGGCAGGACCGCGUCUCAGGAGGACGAGGAGAGGGAGGCGCGCCGGCGAUUCAGGGUGGAGAGGAAGUUGCAGGAAAUGCAGCAACAGCAGGAGGAAAAUAUUCUGGAGCACCCUGACGUGCACCACGACAUUGUCGAGUUCGCGCACAAUUACUUCAACAACCACGAGCGAUCUCCUGAGGGCACCAUAAUGGCCACCCUGACCAGGAACAAGAAGUCGAUGGAGGUGAUUCCCAAGUACGAGAUGGUCACCUACUUCAAGGGCAACACCAUUCCGACCUCGCACGUCCACAUGUACGACCCCGACAACGUCAACAUCGCCUGCUCCUUAUUUAGGGAGCUUUGUCGGUACAUCCGAGGCGAGCUGAAGCCGGACGCCGAGGCCCAAGCGAUUCAGACUAUCAUUGCCAAUGGGCUUGAGAGAGAAGAACUGAGGGACGAAAUCUUCGUCCAGUGUAUGAGACAGGCGACCAAUAAUCCCAGCAUGGAGUCCACAGAACGUGUGUGGCUCCUGCUCUGUCUGAGCAUCGUGGCCUUCCAACCUACUAAACUCCUCUUCAAAUACUUUGUAUGCUUCCUGCGCAAAAAUAAGCAUGAGCUAGAUGGGAAGCUGCGGCAGUAUGUGGAGUGGUGUUUGGACAAUUGUAAAAAUAUCAAAGUGUCACCUAGACAGCACGCACCUUCCACUGUUGAAAUAGCGGCUAUGAAGCGGCUAGGCACCAUAGUUUGUAGGUUUUUCUUCCUGGACGGUCGAACCAAGGCCAUCGACGUACACCCGACGGACACGGCCUGGGACGCUGGGAUCAAGUUGGCGGAAAAACUGGGGCUGAGGAGUUUGGACGGCUGGGCCAUUUAUCAGAGCCGACCUGAUGGCGAGGAGCACGUCAGGGCCCACGACUACCUUUACGAUGUGAUAGCUGCCUGGGAAUUGAAACAAAACAAGCCAAACCAAACACCCAGCGCAGACAACAACAACAAAUCGUCUUUCUCAACCAUGUCACGCAGAAAUGCCCCAACCCUAGGAAACGGAGAGAAUAGAUUUGUAUUCAAGAAAAGGCUGUUCAAGGCGGGAAGAGAACUGUCACAGGACCCGGUUGAAAUUAGCCUUCUCUAUGCUCAAGCAGUCUAUAGCGUAGUUAAGUGUGAUGACUUCCCUGUGAGCCAAAAAGUGGCGCUCCAGUUGUGCGGUUUGCAAGCUCAAGUGGCCCUCGGCAACCCAAAACCCAACAAGCUGGACUACUACCAGGACAUUGACGCCUUCCUGCCCUACCGGAUAAGCAGGACGCGACCUGACGAGCAGUGGGUGCCCAUCAUCGCCCAGGCUCACCAGCAGUACGGCACCGGUCGGACCGAGUUGGCCGCUAAAGUGCUCUACCUGUCUUGUGUGAUGCAGUACCCCCUGUACGGAACCACCAUGUUCCCCGUCACCUACAGAGGCUACUGGUCGUAUGGAAACAAUCUGAUUCUCGGAGUGAACUGCGAGGGGCUGCUGAUGAUCAAGCCCGAUGACAAAUUUGUCCUGAACGAGUACCGCUACGGGGACAUUGAGUCCAUUUUCCUAGACCCUAGUGACAGCUUCGUCACAAUCAAUUUGAUGAAGUUGAUGCCAGAGAGCCACAACAAGUGUUUCGUCUUUGAAACGCCCCAUAAGGCUGAGAUCGGCUCUCUGGUGGCCAGUUACUGUCCGGCACUUGCCGGAUGGAUUUCAGAGUCUGAGGCGCCACCUCGAAAGCUCAAACCCGUGACCAAUGAAGACAGGGUGCGUCUCUUCUACAAUUUAGUGAACUGCCGAAAAUCCCUAGUUGACUCCGGAAUUCUGAAGAAACCGCAAGAUACGGGCGGCGGAUUCAUCAGAAACACCCUUCGAAAACUGAGCAAGCAGCGUUUGGAAAAGUUGCGCCACGAAUUCGGAGGCAACGUUUCGGGUGAAAUGGGCGAAACGUACCGCGGGUUUCCAUACGGCUUCUGGGCGUUCAGCCGGACGGCGUUGCUGCAGAGCCUGAGCAAGUUGCCUGAGCAGGAGGAACAACUGUCCAAGCAGGUGUUCGGCACCAUCCUGAACUACGCCGGGCUGGGCAACAACGGCGACGUGGUGCGGCGCGUCGAGGAGGAGCACGUCAACCUGCUGCAGAGCAUCAUCGAGCGCUGCAUGCACAAGGAGAACCUCCUCAACGAGCUGUACCUGCAGCUCGUCAAGCAGACCACCGACCACCCUGACCCCAACUCCAGGGUCAACCUGCGCCACUGGGCCCUCUUGUCGCUCACGUGCUCCGUUGUGCUGCCGCAUGACAAGGCGGUGCGCAAGUACCUCAUCGCGCACUUGAAAAAGUGCAGCAGCGAUUACGUCACCGAGGAGGGAAAGUACGCCAGGUUUGCAGACAAGUGUUUGCAUCGAACGCAAGGCACCAGACGCAGGCAAUUCGCCCCGUCUAAGGAGGAAAUAAUGUGCACCAUCAACAGACGGCCCAUCUACGCGCGUUUCCACUUCAUGGACGGGCAAUAUCACGCCGUCGAAUUCCACCCGUCGGCCACCGCAGGCGCCGUUUUGGACGUGGUCAAAGCCAAAGUCGGACUUCCGGAGACCGCCAAAGGCUACGCAAUUUACGAGGUUCUGGGCAGCUCGGAGCGCAGCCUGGCGCCAGACGAGAAACUGUCCGACGUCAUGUCCAAGUGGGAGCGCUACCGAGUGGCCACCGCCACCAACGGCCCCAACCCGCAGCCGUCCCGCCGCCAAAUGCACUUCUUCCUCUUCAAAAAGCACCUCUUCCUCGACCAGUACAUGGACCUCUCGGACCCUGUAGAAAAGGAAUUGCUUUACCACCAGAUGCUGCAUGGGCUGCGAACAGACCGCUUCCCUGUUUCUGACAAAGAUGCCGUAAUGCUGACGGCCAUCCAGGCGCAGGUGGAACUCGGAGACUGUCCAGACCCAAGGCCUGAACUCGAAGACGGUGGACUUUUGGACUACUCUGAAGUUGCGGCCCAUUGCCUGCCUGCUUUGAUGGCGCAGAACGUCAUGAGUGAGAGUGUGGCAAUGCACCACCAGAGUUUGAGGGGCAUGACGGCCCCCGAGUCGAAAAAGGCCUUCCUCAACGUCAUCCAGAGCUGGCCCCUGCACAGGGCAACCAUCUUUGAUGUCAUGCAAUCUUUCACGUCGAACUGGCCAAGAGUUUUGUGGCUGGCGGUCGACCAGACUGGUUUGCAUCUUCUGGAGCACAGGUCGCGCCACGGCCUCUGCAGUUACAACUACGACUCCAUUCUCAGUUACAGCCCUGCCCUCAACUGCCUUAUGAUCAUCAUCACGGGCAACGAGCAGCACAAAAAGCAUAGCAAGGUUCUCCUAACCACCUCUCAGGCGUUCCAAAUCGCGAGUUUGAUCCGCGAGUACACAGAAGUGCUUCAGUCGCCACACGAGGUUCGUCGGCGCGACACAAAAAAGACACCAGGCAACCAGCAGUCGCAGCGACCUGUGAGCAUUUUGCUGAAGCCUGUGCCGCCGCUCAACGAGGAGGACGAAGACAACCUCGUUCCCCAUCAGCGGUGCUAAAAAGAAGAGAACGAUUUUUCGUUGAGUUAUCUCGCAUCUCUAGUCCACUUAACUUAUUGAAAUAAAAAAACUGAAAGAAAAUUAUCCCAUAGAAACUCACACGCGUUACCGAAUAUUCAAUUUAUGUAAAUUAACCGAGCGAGCGAGAAGCGAUCAAGACGACGGUAUCCUAGAGGGUUGGCUGUGUUUGUUACGCGCACAAAAACUAAUUAUUUCUGCUUAAGAUGAACCCAAAUCUCAUUCAUUUUUAGUUUUUACUUUGAUUUAUCUAUUAUGCCUCUCUCACCCAAAACUGAAAUUGAUUUGAAAUUAGUUAGGCAAAUACAUUUGUACAGCUUUUUGGAGCUUCUGUAAAUAAACUGACACACGUGCUAACCGCGGACGCUGAACAUUAAUGCGCAGUUGAUUUUUACCUGACGAUGUAUUGUAAUGUGGAACUAAAUUAUUAUUAUAUACAAAUAAAUAUAUGCAUUUAAAAAGUGCGAUCGUUAAAAUUAGUGCAGACGAGGGAAUCGUGUCUCGUCGAUUUGAGUCGCGCAAAUUAUUUGACGAAUUUUUAUCUGUUGAGAAAGUUAAAAAAAAAAUAUUGACAUGUCGAAAUUAGUAAUGCAUUUAUUGAGACAAAGAGAUUGUACAGAAAUUCCGAGAAGGAGAAUAAAACGAUACUCGAAGAAA